CCCCAGAAAACCCAGGAGAUCCAGGAGGGACUCAGAAGAGACCCAGGAGAUCCAGCAGCCCCCCAGAAGAGGCCCAGGAGAUCUAGGAGCCCCCCAGAGGAGAUCCAGGAGCCCCCCAGAAAACCCAGGAGAUCCAGGAGGGACUCAGAAGAGACCCAGGAGAUCCAGGAGCCCCCCCCAAAAGAGACCCAGGAGAUCUAGGAGCCCCCCCAAAGAGACCCAGGAGAUCCAGGAAAGCCCGAAGCCCCCCAGAAGAGAGCCAGGAGGUCCCGGGUCCCCCCCUCUGCGCGAUGGAGCGAGGCAAAGGCCGCAGCGUGCAGCACAACGGGACGGGGGAGGGUCCCGGGAAGAAGGAGGUGGCGGCGGCGGGGGGCGGCGGCGGCGGCGGCCCGGCCUUGGCGGCCGCCUACGACACAGUCCUGCGAUGCCUGGGCGAGGACCCCAACCGCCAGGGCCUCCUGGGGACCCCCUCCAGGGCCGCGGCUGCCAUGCGCUUCUUCACCAAGGGAUACCGGGAGACCAUCAAAGAUGUCCUGAACGAUGCCAUAUUCGACGAGGAUCACGACGAGAUGGUGAUCGUCAAGGACAUAGACAUGUUCUCCAUGUGUGAGCACCACUUGGUGCCGUUCAUCGGAAAGGUUCAUAUAGGCUACCUCCCUAACAAGCAGGUCCUCGGGCUCAGCAAGCUUGCGCGGAUUGUGGAACUCUACAGUAGGAGAUUACAAGUGCAGGAGCGCCUUACGAAACAGAUCGCGGUAGCCAUCACCGAAGCCUUGAAGCCCGCGGGAGUCGGCGUGGUGGUCGAAGCCACGCACAUGUGUAUGGUGAUGCGGGGAGUACAAAAAAUGAACAGCAAGACGGUCACCAGUACCAUGCUGGGGGUCUUCAGGGAAGACCCCAAGACGCGGGAAGAGUUCUUGACCCUCAUCCGGAGCUGAAGGGGCCGGGGACCCCGUCUCCCCCCUCUCCCUUUUCCCCCCGUCUUGUUACAAUCGUCGUGUGACCCCCGAUCGUCGGUGAAAAACGGUCCCGUAUCCCCAGUCGCCGCCUUUCCAUUCCCCUCACCGGGCUGGGAUUGACUUCCCACAGUCGUUUACGGACGCGUCCUCCCGUCCGCGGGGAUUUCGACUGUCCGUGCCUCGGCUUCGAGGUGACCCUCGCCUUUCCCGCCACCGUCCUAAGCGAGCGCGUCGGCCCCCGUGAGACCGGGCCGCGCCGCUCAGCCGUCGGAAGGGAGGCCGUAGCCGUAGUUAAAUGGCUCCGAGGCGGGAGGAAGAUUGGAAGCCUGGAGGCGAGGAGGAAGGGCCCUCGACGAGGUUCUGAGACGAAAUUCCUUCUCCGGAGGUCUUCCCGAGCACGUGGAGACGGCGCCGCAUGACCGCUGGGCCGUCUGUUUCCAGGCAAGGUGGCAGAAACGCUUCUCCUUCUCCCGCCGAUCGGAAUCCGUCUCCGUCCCUUUCGAAACCAGCGAGAGGCCACCCCUCGGCUCGGCCGGCGAGCAUCUGUCAGGCGGAUCUGUUGAGCGCUUACCGUGUGCCGAGCACUGUACUAAGCGCUCGGGAGAGGCCGACAGAACAAUAAAUAGGCACAUUCCCUACCCACAACGAGCGCCUUGGCGGGUGGGACGGGCAGGUCGGGCGACGUCGGAGAAAGAGUCGCCGUCGCUCGACAGAUUCCCUCCAUUUGUCCGUGCGGCGGAGGGGGCUUCGUUUUUUCUGUUUUUCAGAUAAAAAGGUCCCCCGCUGGGCUUUCACAUCAACCUGAAGGUCUGUCCCGGAAAGCUCAAGAGAGUUGUUUUAAAGCCAGGCCUCGCCCGCAAAGCCGUUGGUCUCGAAUAGGGCGUCGCGAGGGAGCGUGAGCCAUCUCAUCCCAAAUUUAUUCCUGCUUAGACUGUGAGCCCCACGUGGGACAAGGACUGCGUCCAACCUGCUUAUCUCGUCUCCGCGUCUGUGCUCGGUAUGCCGCGUGGCACGGGGUAAGCGAUUAACGCGUGGAGUCGUCUUUUUUGAAACAAAAUUUCCCUUCUGUCCACCUGAGAACUGACAAGCAGCCCCCAGAUCACGAAACACGUCGGCUUCCACCCGGCCAUUUCCCAGAAUCUUUUGCCCGGGUCCCUCUCUCCUUCCUCCUUCCUUCCGUGAGCCCGCUGUUGGGUAGGGACCGUCUCUGUAUGUUGCCAACUUGUA